AUGGGACAUAAGCGGCAGUGUUUUAUAGUAUUUCUGUGUCUCGGUAUCGCUCUUACAUCAUCAGCUAGUCGUAGAGAAGAACUCGAAAGGGCCGCGGAACUCGCAGUGGAAAAAGCAGCCGAAAGGGCAGCCGAGAGGGCAGCGGAGAAGUCUCUCGACGAUGGAAAUAUCACUACGGAAUCCGAGAUUAUUCGCGAGUCCUAUUCCUAUAUCAGAAAAGAUCCGCUAACAGAAAAAAAAGAGUAUGACGAUUAUGACAGAUACAAACCAGUGAAUGAUGAAGAGGAGUCAGAAGAAGACGUGAAAAAUCGAAGCACAUAUUCGCGAAGCUCAAAAUUCGCACCUCAAGAUAUGAGAGCUAGAGAUUUUCGUGCAUCGUCUAGAAUCGAUUUUAGAAACACGUCGGAUGUUAGGAGAAGAUUUCCUAGAAGCAAAUGGUCUCUCGAGGAUAUCAAGAAUAAUUUGAAUGAAGAAAUUGUGAUUGUGGAGAAGAAGAUACCGGUACCCGUGACGAUCGAGAAGAAGAUUCCGUAUCCUAUCUACGAGCAUGUUCCGUACGAGAUUAAAGUACCCGUACCGCAACCUUACACGGUGGAGAAAAGGGUGCCUUAUCCCGUCAAGGUCUAUGUAAAUGUACCCGUCGAAGUGCCAGAGCCUUAUUACGUCGAGAAACGAGUUCCUUACGCUGUGAAGAUCGACAACCCCGUGCCGUAUAAAAUCGAAGUACCGAUACCGCAACCGUACACGAUUGAGACAAGAAUUCCGGUGGAAGUAAAAGUGCCGGUACCGCAGCCAUACACGGUCGACAAGCCGGUACCCUACAAGGUCAAAGUACCGGUCAAGGUACCGACCCCGUACGAGGUCGAGAAGAAAGUAGCGGUACCGGUGAAGGUCACCGUCGACCGACCAUAUCCGGUACCAGUGCCAAAACCGUAUCCUGUAGAGAUUACUAGACCGUAUCCCGUGGAAGUGCCUAAACCAUAUCCAAUCAAAAUCAAAGUACCUGUAGAGAAACCGUAUCCCGUGCCGGUGGAGAGGCCAGUUCCGGUAACCAUUAAAGUUCCGGAUCCUCGACCGUAUAUCGUGAAAAAACCCGUGCCGAUAGAGGUAAUAAAACCUUAUUCCGUUCCGAUUAAAGUACCGGUAGAUAAACAUUACGAGGUGUACGGAACGAAGCCGUUACUUGUUCCGGUGAAGAAGCCUUUUCCCUAUAUCGUACAAGAACCGGUUCCCAUCAACCUCGAUUGGAAGGAUGAAGAUGAUAUUAAGAACAAGGAAGAUCUGAUAGAAAGCGAAAACGUCAAUUAUGAAUGGCAACAAUCGCAAUCAUUAGAUCGCGAAUCAUUCAAGCGAUAA